CGGCCCCGCCUCUCCAUUUGCGACCAACAGCAACGCAAAACUGCGUCUCUUUGCAUUGAGGAAGAAAGAGGAGGAGGAGGAGGGCCAAACUACUUGGAGCGGGAAUUGCAAACGGCAUGGCGCAGGCCGACUCUUCGGGAAGGAGCCGCCCGGCUUUCGAGCUGCAGGGGCUGCUGCUGCCGCUGAAAGACGGAGUGAAGGACGAGGACGACGAGGAGGAGGACGACGCUCACGACGCCGAGCCCUUCGACGUGGCUUCUGAGGAGAACAGCCAACUCCUCCGACCCCCACGAAGGAGAGUUAAAAUACAGGACAAAAACACCAAAAAAGAGUAUGAAGUGGUUGGACGGUUCGUCUUCGUUGGUCCUUGGUGGAAAGUGAAUGUAAAAGUUAAACAGUUUGGAUCAAAGUACUAUAUGGAUGGUUAUCCGUCUUACUUUCUACAGACUGAUGCAGGGAGAAACCAAAAGGCAGUCAUUUCUCUUUUCUUUAAUGAAUGUGGUGUUCCUGAAUCAUUACAAAAAGCAUUUUGGGAGUGGCUUCCGAGAGAUUCUUCUCUAAACAUUAUCCAUCUCGAGCAAACGUUAUAUCAGUUUACUACAUCAAAACUUAUGGAAGAACAAAUAUCUACAGACCCCAAAGAAUUUGACAUUUUUUAUUAUGUUGAAAGAUCCCCUGUAGGGAAAGCUGUACUAUCAGCAUUAGCUUAUCCUAUUGUGCUUGAAUUCUUGCCAAAACUUCUGCCAUGCAAUGUUUCUGAUUGCAUUCAAUGGUACCGCCAUAGCCAAAAACAUUGCGAAGGUGAUCAAUUGACAACAUUGGAAAAAAUCUUACAGGAGGAGCCAUGGAAACUUGGAUUCAGCAAAAUCAUGUACAGGGAAGUUCGUGCUGGACUGGCUGAAGCAUGUUUUAAGGCCUUCCAUGACUGUGAACAUCUUUAUCAGAAGAUUCCGACUUUGCAGAGGAAUGCACUAAUGCUGUAUGGAAACCUCAAGGAGCGCUGCAGAGAGUGUGGACAUACAUAUGAAGAACAAGAUAAGUUGACAGAUAUGGUAUCAAAGAAGAUGCCUGUGGAAGAGGCCUGGCAGGCACUCAAGUUUUUGAAGGAUGAAGAGGUCGUGAUUACUGAGAAGAAGCUUGUGUUUAUUCCUCGACUUUAUAAAGCUGAGAAGCAAAUUGCUGAUAUUGUAUAUAAUCUCAGACAAAACCCUCCAUGGCACUUUCAUGUUGAUAUAAAAGAGGUUCUUAAUGGUGGUUCAUGUAUUAAUAACCUCAGAGACUCGGAUGAUGAGAGUGUAGUAAUUGAAGAAAAACCUUGUGAAAGAGAUCCAAACAAAUCUGGCAAUGCUUCACGUGAGCAGGAAAACUGUAAGAAUGAUUUUGAGUCUGAGGAGCAAACUCAGAGCAAGGAAUCAAAAUGUGAAGCAGAAGUGGAUCCAGAUCAAGGGAAGGCAAUAGAACUGAUCUGUUCUAAUCCAGUGACUGUUAUAAGUGGCAAAGGCGGUUGUGGGAAAACCACAGUAGUUAGCUACCUUUUUAGCUUUCUGAUGAAGAAAGAAAACGAAGAAGUUACAAAUGCCUGCAAAGAUUUCGAAACUGAUGUGGAUGCACCUGAGGAAUGGCAGACUUCCCAUCAGUCUUCUAAUGUGAAAACAAAUGACUCUCUAAACAUUUUAUUUACUGCACCUACAGGGAAAGCAGCUGCUCUUCUGUCCAAGAAAACCAAGAUUCCUGCUUAUACUCUUCAUCAGGUCAUGUACAGUUAUUAUGCAUGGAGGGAUAAUGGGGGAAACUCUCCAUGGAAGUUUUCUAGAGUCAAUAUAUUAGUUGUUGAUGAAGGAAGCUUGGUGCCUGUAGGAAUCUUAAGCAACGUUUUAAAGUACUUGUUCAAUAAUGCCCAGCUUACAAAGCUUAUUAUUCUUGGUGAUAUUCGGCAGUUACCCAGUAUUGAGCCUGGUAACACAUUGGCUGACUUUUUUGCAAGUUUGAAAGCAAGAGGUUGGUGUAUAGAACUAAGGACCAAUCAUAGGUCUGAGUCUCAGUUAAUUGUGGAGAAUGCAACAAGAAUCUCUCAGCAGAAAUAUCCAGUGUUUGAUCAAGUGCUGAAAUUUUCCCAAAGCAAUAAAAGCUGGCCAGUGCCAAGUCCUGAGAAAAAAUUUAUUCUUCUUGUUUUACCUGCUGAAGAUGGUAGUAACUAUUUACAGUCAGCCAUAAUGACUUUGCUUGAAAAUGGCCCAGGAUUGAGUAAUCAUACACAGUCACAGUUCAUUACUUUCAGAAGGAAAGACUGUGACAUCAUCAAUGAAAUCUGCUGCAAGCAUUACUCAAAACAUACAAUGAGAGACCAUAGAAAUCGAUUGCAGUUCAUAUGUGGUGACAAGAUCUGUUCUACUAGGAAUGAGUAUGUCAAAGCGCUUCUUGCAAGAGAUAAUAUUGUUUGCACAAAAAAUGAAGGUUCUAGUCAGUGUACUUGCAACGUGUGCUCGCGAAGAGAAGAGCGCAACUCUGGUCAUACACCAAGUUCUCAGGAUGAUGAUACACGGCUGUGCAAUGGGGAAAUAUUCUUCAUUACAGAGGAUAAAGAAGUUGAUCGUGUACGUAUGGUGACCAUUAGCAUUACUGAUGGACCUGAAUAUACCGUAGUGUAUAAACGUCUCCUGAAAAACUCCAGAAUUAAGCAUGGCUGGGCCAAAACUAUUCAUACAUUUCAGGGUUCUGAGGAAAACACAAUAGUCUACGUUGUUGGAAAUGCCGGUCGCCAGAAUUGGCAGCAUGUGUACACAGCUGUCACCAGAGGCCGUUGCCGGGUCUAUAUUGUUGCUGAAGAAGCCAAUCUUAGAGCAGCCAUUGCUAGAGAAAACUUUCGCAGAAAGACUCGUUUACCACAACGUUUGAACGAUGCACUUACAGAAAAAAUAAGUAGUUCUCAGCAAAUAUCCUCAUCACAAGAGUGUUCUCAGAAUCAAGAGGCUAGCACUUGUUUCGUUGAUCAGGAGGAGUCUGUAGUUUCUGACAAAAUGGAAACUGACAGUGGAUUCAAGGUAUUGGUUGACACAGUUGAUGCUGCAGAGCAAAUUCCAGGUGAACGCAAAAGGCAAAGUGAAUUUCCACAGGAUUGUUCAAGUCCAUCAAAAGUUGCUUUGAUAAUGGAAGAAAACAAAACAUCCCCCCUUGCAACUAACUUGCUUCAGAGUCUGACACUGAAGAGUCCAACUCCCAAGAAACUUUUUACAUCAUAACAAGUAUAUAAUGUAGUUAAAAAUGCUUUGUGUUAUGCUUCUUCCCUUUCUUUUUUUAUAGAGCUAAAAUAUUUUAGGACAGAACUACAAAAGUAUUGAUACUCUAUUUUUAAAGUUUUGAAACUUCAACUUUUUUUGGGUUUUUUUAAAGCUUUUAAUACCAUAUUUAUUAUUAUCACCAGCCCUUCAUAUUCACUUGUCAGGGGCUCAUGAACAUUGUGAAAAUGAAAAGCUGCAAAAAAUAUUUUCUUUAUAUGACAACAUCUCUAGGAAUUUCUUGGUCCAUCAGCACAACUCUAUGGCCAACCUCCACUAAAAGCUGAUUAUAGAAUCACACCGUAGGAUCUAGGAAUUCCUAGAGGAAACAUUUUAAUCAAAUCCAUAAAUAAUCAAAUCUGAAGAAGCCCAACCUGUAAAUAUGAGGGGUCAAAUGUAUGACGAUUUUCUCUCUGCCUCAAAUGGAAGAAAUGCAGUUUACUUUUAAAGAUUGACAGUCGUUUUAUAGAUAUCAGAUUUAAGCCAUAUAUGUAAGGAUGUCUUUAUAAAAGAAUCUGUAUUAUCAAACCAGUUUUGCUUUAUGUGACUCUCCUUUCUGGGUUAGCACUAUUUGCUUGUGUUUCUCUCUGGCUGAGAGAGAUGAUAUGAAGAUUAAACUAAACAAAAAAUUUUAACCAUUAAAGUCUGAGGCAUUGCCUGCUCAAACAUUAUGAACUCUCAAAGGAGCUGCUCACCUUUGAAUUCUGUAUUGUUUUCAAGGUGCUGCAAAAGGCUAUAGGAACCUUGCUGCAUUCUGUUUUUCAAAGUAAGUCCUUUUGUAGAAAUUUUGCUAUAAUUGAGACAAAACUGAUACAUUGCCUGACAUGCUCCAGGAAAUCCUAUUCACAUUUGGUUCUGCUUCUGAAAGGUAGAGUUAUAGGUCAUAGAUGAUCGUCUCCCGAUCUAAGAUGGGCAUGCAGAACAAAUGGUGAACAUUCUUUUAAUCAGGUUGGAACGAUCUGAAUGUAACUUUUUGCAUUGUAUAGGUCAAGUUCUUUUAAUAUAUAGGUCAAGUUUUUAAUUUUGUGCAGAAUGUAUUAAUGAUUCAAGCUGCUUUGCGGAUGGAUAGACCUCCAGAUGGGUUUGGCCUACAAUUCCUAUCAGCCCCAGACAGUGAGGUAUCAUGGAAAUGUACUCCAUUCAAGAGAAUUUUCCUCCCCAGAUUGUUCGUUUGAAGGGGGGAGGAAAGUGUCCUUUGUAUAAGAUUUAUCUUGCUUACUGUUCUCAGCACCCAAGCCUUUGUCUUUAAAUGACUGUUUAUUUCAUUUUUUUACAUUUUCCAUACAAAUUUUGUAACAGUUCAAAUUUGCAGAAACCAUACAUAGACGAUAAAUAUCAUGCUAUUAAAGUAUUAAAUUUGUACAAAAAUACUUUAGUUUAAUACUCAUUUGUUUCAAAUAAAAAUACAUAUUAAGUGGUUCAUGA